AUGGACGACAUCGACGGGGAAUAUGACCGGCUCGUUGAACACCUUCACGACUGCGCGAAGGCUGAGGGUUUUAAAACCACCAAGAGACGCUUGCCUCUUGAAACUCUUGAGCUGAUACGCCAGCGUGGAGCAGCACGAGCCGCAGGGAACCAAGAACUCACGCCCUUGCAAGCUGAAUCUACAAAACACGAUGUUCAUGGGAAACGGAUGGGUCUCGGAUGCCCCAUUCACGCUCAACAGAACAUAUCCGAAUGCACCAGCUACGUUUAUAUGGGUCGGGAAUUGAACAUGAUGGACGACUUGAACCCCGAGCUGGGCAGGAAGAGACGAGCGGCUUGGGGAGCGUACAAGAGCAUUGAGGAUGUAGUGAAGAAGACGAGGAACACCCGGCUCCGUGCUCACCUCUUCAACACCACCGUCCUUCCUGCUUUGACCUAUGCUUCGGAAACCUGGUCAUUUCGCAAGCAGGAAGAAAACGAGCGUCAUUGA